AUGAAGCUUGUUUUGGUUGUCUCUCUUCUACUCCUACCCUUCUUCCUUCAACAAGCUCAAAGGAUUCGGCCGGAGAAGGGGUUUCUUGAUCAUCACCAGCAGAAGAAGAAGAGGAGCUCGUCACCACCAUCAAUGGAGGAAAGAAGUAGUUUUGAUGAUCAUCAUAGUAUUGGAAACAGAGUAGCAGUAGUAGUGGGAGAAGAUGGAGCGGUGUGCAAAGAAGGGCAGGAAUGUAAGAAUACAGGUACUGAUGAGAUGAAGACAAUGUCAUCAGUUACCAAUAAAUCAUCAUCUUCUUCCUCCUCACAUCAUUGGUUUCAUGAAGAUUACUAUGGUCCUAAGAUUCACAGGCCUAGGCACCAUUAA